UAAUGAGCAACCAUGGGUUAGAAAAAGAUGAAGCAACUUGGCUUAAGUACAUCAGUAAGAUUAUCAGCAAGAAAAUGGUGGAAGAGCCUCAAGAAAGAUUAACUAUAGAUCUUACUAAAAAGAAUACCAUAUCAGUACCAACUUUGGAGAAGUUGCAGUUUAAUUAUGAAAAUAGCCAGGAAGCAAGAGACUACAACCUCGCGAAGACAAUGAAAACGGCCUUGGAUGUUUAUUACAAAGAAAUGCUUAAUAAGGGAGAACUUUGACCAGAGAUUGAGACUUCUCUUGAUUUGGAAAAUGAGGAGGCUAUCAAGGCCCUCCGUCCUCAAAGUGCUCUCACAUUCACACAGUAUAUGAAAAAGCACCCUGAGACCUCUGCCGAUCCUGUGAAGAGAAGGAAGAUGGUCAAGAGAGUUUUAAGAAAUCCCAAAAAGUAUAUCUACUACAAAGACAUAAAUAUCACAAGACAAAAGAUGAAAAGUGAGGCGAAAUAAGAAAAAGAUUUUAAAAUAUAAUUUUCUCUCUGCCAAAGAGCUUUUCCACCAGGAAAUGAACAUUGGUUUUGAAAAGUUCUGUCCAAAUCUAGAGGUACCAAAAGCCUUAAUACCAACUGAAAGAUACGGGAGAAACAAUACCAUUAAGCCUGGAGCCUUUGAUAAAUAUUUUCAUCAGAGGAAUAGUGAAAUACGAGGAAGUCUAAGAAAUAAAUCUACUCAAAAAACAAAGAAAGGGCUCACUUUGAAGUCUAUAAAUGAUAAUAACAACAUCUUACGAGUGAGAAAGCGGAGGAACUCUCAAGAACCUGUCAAAAACUUUGGGUUCCGAUACACUCAUCCAAAAGAUACCAGAAUUACUAAAAGGAGUUUGCAGCCAAGCAUUUCUACUCAAGCCCCUGCUUCAAGAAAGAGAAGCAGCUGGGAUAAUUUUAUUUUGAAGAUACAGCCUGAAUUGACAAUUUCAAAGUCAAAGUUUAUCAAAUUCUAUAAUAUCCCUCGUUCUUCUCUAAAGCAGAGGGCUUAAUUUUCAAUUAAUCCUCAAUAAAAU